AUGCCUCUCUUCCGAAACUCUUGCAGCUCCGGUGGGGUUCCCGCGGGAUUCCGGCCGCCAGCAAAUGCAUCCGGCACAGAUGCAUCCAACACUGUCACACCAUCCCUGCUACAGCCGCGGCGCGAGCGGACAGUGUUUUACCCUGACAGCAAAGGGACCACGCAGGCUGACAUCACAGCAGCUCGACUUGCAAAGCGGGCGCACAUUGAAUACCACGAGCCGGUACGAGAAAAACCAGCGGCCCGUGGGGAGGAUGCGGAAUUCGGCGAUGACGCCGAGGCCGCGGUGGGCAUCGGAUCCAUUUCGGGAAACAUGCACUCAGCGGGGGAAAACGCUGUGGUGGAGCAGCAGGUACCACGGCAGCAAGUGGAUUCUGGCCCUGUGGAGGAGGAAGAGGAGGAGCCGAGUGAAGUUGUAUCACGCUACCCGGUAAGCCCGCAUGGAAACAUUUAUUUUCAGGUGGAAACUGAUGCCGCUGCUCGACAUGAAUCGACGGGUAUUGUUAUUAUUCAAACGGAGCAGCUGGGUGUGAUGAUGUACGAUCGCGCUGGUCGACAAUACGGCAACCGCCCAGAUCCCGGAUAUCCCAUAAAAGAGGAGGACGUCAAUAACGCCAAGGCGGGUAUGACACUGAAAGUUGCGUCAAAGACCGUGUUACUCAUCACGGCAUUGAAAGAGGAGUCAUUCCGUAGUGGAGAAUUUUUCCUUCGCUCCGAGCAUCAACUUCGAAGGAAGGAAGAAAAGUUGAAAGAAAAAGCAGAUGCCGCAGCAGCUGCUGGUUUACAUGCUGUAAAGCCAAAAAUGUCUUUUGGUCAACGUCUUUCGGGAUGCAUGUUUGCCCAGCCCGUGUUUCGCAAGCGGCCACGUGAUGGUCAAACAGGAUUUACCGUUCCUGUGGCCGGGCGUCCGAAGGCAGGGCCAGGUGGCGUAAAGGCAGAACUGACACCAUUGCACGAUCCCGAUCGUGAGGGCGCCGUGACGCUUUUUCGCGCAGACUAUAAAAGAGAUGCCAAUGGUCGUCCACAGGUGUCUGUUGUGGUGGAUCCCGUCAUUGGGGACAAGCUGCGGCCGCAUCAGAAGAUGGGGGUGCGAUUUCUCUUUGAUUGCAUCACAGGGGAGCGGAUGUCGGGCUACCAUGGCGCCAUACUCGCGGAUGAAAUGGGUCUUGGUAAAACCAUCCAAACCGUUGCUACCAUUUACACCUGCCUUCGUCAAGGGAAGUAUGGCCUGCCUACCGCACGCAAGUGUCUUGUUGUCACCCCUUCCUCUCUUGUGAAAAACUGGUGCAAUGAAUUUGACAAGUGGUUGGGCGCCGGGGCGGUGAAGUACUUUUCCAUAUCCGAAUCCACACCAAAGGGGGAUCGCAUCAUCUCCCGCUUUGACGGCGAAGGGGAUGUCCUUGUAAUCUCCUAUGAUCAACUACGCAAGUACAUCAACCGUAUCUCCACGCUCAAGUCAGUAGAGUUGGUGGUGUGUGACGAGGGUCACCGGCUGAAGAAUGCUGAGGUGAAAACGACAAAGGCGGUGGACAUGCUGCCAACCCGCAAUCGAAUUAUUCUCAGUGGCACCCCGAUUCAAAACGAUCUGUCGGAGUUUCACGCCAUGGUGGGGUUUGUCAACCCCGGCAUCUUGGGUAGCCGCGACGUGUUUGCGCGGGUGUUUGAGGAACCGGUGAUGCAGGGCCGAGACCCUGACUGCCCGGAGCACCUUCGCCUACUUGGGGCAGACCGCGCUCACUACUUGUCGAACCUGACGCAACGCUUCAUUCUCCGCCGCACUCAGUCAAUUAAUGAGUCUUACCUGCCACCAAAGGUGGAUGUCACAGUGUUUGUGCGGCUUGGCGAAUUGCAGCGCCUCGCUUAUGAACAAUUAUCCGUGCUUGCUGAGAAAUCCUCCUGCCCUCCGCUUGUGCUUAUCUCGGCGUUGCGGAAGUUGUGCAACCACAUGGAUCUCUUUCACGAGGCGGUGUUGCACUCCAACAAGGAGAAGGAUAAAGGCGUGUGUGGGAUCUCCAAGUCCGUGCUUCCAAAAGGAUACAGACCAGGAACCCUUUCUGAAGCCGCUGGGAGUAAGAUGCACUUUGUUUCCCUCAUGUUGGAUGAAUUACGCACCAACGGGGACCGGGACAAACUUGUCAUUGUCUCAAACUUCACACAGACAUUGGACGUCAUUGCCAACAUGUGCCGCAGCAAACGCAUUAGUUUUUUUCAGCUUGACGGAAGCAUGCCUGUAAAACGCCGACAAGAAGUGGUGGACCGCUUUAAUGUUCCUAGCUCUCAGGAGGUUGUCUUCUUGCUCUCCUCCAAGGCCGGUGGGGUCGGUUUGAACCUCAUUGGUGCAAACCGACUAAUUUUGUUUGACCCCGACUGGAACCCCGCGAACGACGCCCAGGCGAUGGGACGUGUGUGGCGUGACGGGCAGAAGAAACGGGUCUUCAUCUACCGUAUGCUCAGCACCGGAUCCAUUGAGGAAAAAAUAUACCAGCGCCAGGUGAGUAAGCAGGGACUUUCUGCCAACGUAGUCGACAUGCAGAGUGACUCCAAGCAGCACUUUACGCUGGAGGAACUGCGAUCUCUUUUUUGCUACCGCGGCGAUACCCCGUCUGACACGCAUGACCUUCUGCACUGCACCAACUGCGAGGCGGCGGCAGAGAUGUUGGCAUCGUCUGCCGCAGGUGCGAGAAAGACGAAGGAGCCGGCAGCGCCAAUGAAGUUCCGCCGCGUCGGCGAAAAGAAGAGUGGACCCCGCAUGGAUGAGUUAAAAGGAUGGCGUCACUUUUCCCGCUGUGAGGAGUUUCCACUUGACAAGGUUGUGCGCGCCAUAUCCGCCAAGGCGCCGCGGCUCUGCAGCUUUAUCUUUGCCGAUGAGCGGGACAUCACGGCAAGCGCCGCCGCUAGCAGAAAGAAUGGGGAAAGCACAACCAAGGAAGCCACAGUUAGGGUGGAGAGGCCAUUUGUGCAGGACGAAGAGACAAUUAUAUGCCCCAGUCAAGCCGAGCAGUUCUCGGAAGAGUCCGAGCUAGAAAUUGAGUUGCAUGACGACGAAGAGGAAGCGGAAUUUCAAGAAGAAACCGAAGAAGAGGAGGAGGGGGAGGAAGAGAACGAUGAUUAA